UUCAAAAGAUGUUCAAGGCCAUUAAGAGAUUUAUUGGAUUAGGCAAGAAGAAGAACAGAAAUAUGUCUGAGCCAAGAGAAGAGGAUAAAAUGGACCAAAAUCAUUCAGCAGAAAUAGUCGACUCCCAGAACGACUUCAAUGAGAAUCACCCUGAAGAACAAAAAUAGGUUCAUUAGGGAUUUUGAGAGGGAGGUGAAGUUGCAAGACAUUGAUGGGUCAGAUAGUUACAACAAAUCAAUUGCUGAUAUUAGCUCCCAGUUAAGGGGGAUCUAUGGCACAGAAGAAGGUCAGGAGAGGCCAUCACCACUAAGGGAGAAAAUCUUUAGAGUUGACCAAAGAACAACAUUUGACUCUUACCAGGAGAAAUAAGGCUAAAUUAUUCAGACGGGAUAAAUAUGAUGAAGAUUUCUCUGAAAUCAAGAAGUAUGGCACUCUUCUUGAUGACAAGCUGGUCGAACUAAAGCAUAUACUCAAAAGAAAUAGAGAAAGAUCCGGUCAAAACAGAACCCAUCUAAAGAAGUAUAUCAAAGCCGGUCCGAAAGAGAUCGAAAGUGGGGUAAAUAAGAUCAAUGAUUUUCACUGGAAACGGACACGGAACCAGAAGAGUAAUAUUGACCAGGGUUCAAACAUUUCUUUAUCAGACAUGAAUACUAUUGAAAACACCAGAAAGAUCAGAAACCGAUCAGUCCUGAGAAAAGUCAGUUCAAGAGGUGCCUCUGAAGACUCAUAUCAAGAUUCGGUACAAGACUCCAGGAACAUUAGGAUUAGUCGGCGGCCAAAUGCUCGAUCGAGCAAGAGUGUAAUCAGAAAACGGCUUUUUAGAAGAACCAAAGCUGUUGUUGACCCAAAAGAGAGAGAGAAAUUUCAAUUAUUCCCUCGACUGAAAACAAACAGCAUAUUUUCUAAAAAUCCAAAAACAAGGGAUCAUAACUUGACCGCUGACAAUAUAAGCACAUCAAAGCAUAGUCGGAAGAAAUUCAAAAAAUUUGGUGGGAAAUGUCCCCAAAAGUUUGUUCUUCGGAAGAAGAAAAAGGGUGGGUUACCACCAAUCAGUUACCAAAUUCAUUACUAGAAUAUUUCCUUAAGUUCAAUAAUCU